ACGCGCGUAUUACGUUAGUAAACAAAAACGUCACGGCAUUUGGACCAAUCAUUCGGCCCGGAUUUGAAUAUGGGCGGGACCCCACAGGUAGCGUUAAAUAAUGUGCUCAAGGACAUGGUGGUUUUCAAAAUCAGCAGGAGAUCUUUUUGUAUUAUAAAGUGUCUGUACUGAAGUCUUGAACUGAUGUCUAUCCGCAAAACUUUACCUGCCUUUGGGCUUGCGACGUUUGACAGAAAUAUUAGGAGUUUUGUGAUCUCCACUCGCCAUCGUCGGAAUGUGCAAGCGUUACAUUCAACCAAAACAAACACAAACGAGGAGGCUUCUGACAGCAGACAGCAUGUAUCUUUCAGUAACAAGAUCUCCAUUGACUUUGAACAGACCAAAGAAGCCUACAAGAGCAAAGACACUCUUGAGUUACUCAGAAGCUUGGUGGUUUUCAAACUGUGCUCCUAUGACAUCCUGGUUGAUAAUAAUAAAGAGAUAAUUGAUCUUAGCAGAAAGUUGUUGGGACAGAAGACGUUUGAGCAGUUUAUGAAGAUGACGUUCUACGGUCAGUUUGUGGCAGGUGAGGACCAUCAGUCCAUCAGGCCUGUAGUGCAGAAGAACCAAGCGUUUGGAGUGGGAGCUGUGCUGGAUUAUAGUGUAGAAGAGGAUCUCUCACAGGAAGAGGCUGAGAGAAAAGAGAUGGAAUCUUGCAUGUCUACAUUAGAGAAAGAAAGCCCUGGAGCUGACCACCGAGAGACGUUCACAGCCCGUCGGAAGUUCGGCAAUCGGCAUGAAGCCGUGACGAGCGCUCGUACUUAUUUCUAUGCCGAUGAGGCGAAAUGCGACCAGCACAUGGAGACUUUUCUGAAAUGCAUCAAAGCCUCAGGUGGAAGUUCUGAAGACGGUUUCUCGGCUAUUAAGAUGACUGCCUUGGGGCGACCACAAUUCCUGCUCCAGUUCUCCGAGGUGCUGGUGAAAUGGAGACGCUUUUUCAGUUUCCUGGCUGCCAAGCAGGGGAAAGAUGGCGUGGAGGUGCUCGAGCAGAAACUGGAUCAAGAGCAAUUGCAGACAUGUCUAGCCAGUCUGGGAGCUCAAGGCAACAUUCAGAGCUGCUUUUCUGAUGGACGACUGCACUCAUCAGGAGUGGUGGACAUUCUGGACUGGAACCGUCUGAUCGACGAGAGAAUGAAGAUAUCUGAUCUACUGGUUGUCCCAAACCUGCAGACUGGUCGGUUGGAGCCUCUUCUGUCCAAGUUCACUGAGGAAGAGGAAAGGCAGCUGAAAAGAAUGCUCCAGCGACUGGACAUCUUGGCUAAGCAUGCUGUGGAAAAUGGCGUCAGGCUGAUGGUGGACGCCGAACAGACGUAUUUCCAGCCUGCUAUCAGCAGACUUACUGUGGAAAUGAAGAGAAUCUUCAACAGAGACAAAGCUGUCGUUUUCAACACCUAUCAGUGCUACCUCAAAGAGGCAUUUGAUAAUGUGUCCAUGGAUGUCGAGUUAUCAAGAAGGGAGGGCUGGUGUUUUGGUGCCAAGUUGGUAAGGGGGGCUUACAUGUACCAGGAGAGAAGCCGAGCUGCAGAGAUUGGAUAUGAAGACCCCAUCAACCCCAACUAUGAAUCCACUAACAGAAUGUACCACAGGUGUCUGGAUUACAUACUGGAGGAGAUCGAACAGAAUAAGAAAGCAAAUGUCAUGGUGGCAUCGCACAAUCUAGACACUGUCAAACACACACUCAGAAGGAUGAAUGAAAUGGGUCUGGCACCCACAGAUAAGAAGGUGUACUUCGGCCAGCUCCUGGGAAUGUGCGACCAAAUCAGCUUUCCAUUAGCUCAGGCUGGAUUCCCAGUGUACAAGUACGUUCCGUAUGGUCCGGUGAACGAGGUGAUUCCGUAUUUGUCCCGUCGGGCACAGGAGAACCGCGGCAUUAUGAAAGGAGUUCAGAUGGAGAGAGAACUCCUGUGGAAAGAGCUGAUGCGCCGACUGACCAGUGGAGAGGUCUUCUAUACCCCUGCUGUAUAAAACACACACGGCUUCUCACCAGAGACUCCUUAUGCUUGUUUUUUGCCUGUUCACCCAUCCAUUCGUAAAUCUUUUUUUCCACUCUCACUUUGGCUGUUCAUGAUAUAGCGCACAUGGGAUCCAUUCAAAUCCAAUACCACAGUUGGGUGAAUUUCACAUAAUGCAAAUCAUGUUAAACCUGAAAAUCACAAAUCUAAGAAAAACAAAUAUAUAUAUACCUGGAAAAAGAAAAUGAAGUCUGUUUUUGAAGUCUGGGGCAGUCAUGGCCUAAUGGUUAGAGAGUCGGGCUUGUAACCCAAAAGUCGCUGGUUUGAUUCCCGCACCAGCAGGAAUUGAAGGUGGGAAUUAUGAAUGAAAAGUGCUCUUUUCACCUUUAAUACCAUGACUGAAGUGCCCUUGAGCAAGGCACCAAACCCCCAAUUGAUCCCCGGGCGCUGGAGCAAUGGCUGCCCACUGCUCCGGGUGUGUGUUCACAGUGUGUGCGUGUGUGUUCAUUUCUCACUGCUGUGUGUGUGUGCACUCGUGAUGGGUUAAAUAUUGAGGACCAAUUUAGAGUAUGGGUCACCAUACUUGGCAAUACGUCGUCACUUUUUUAGAGUUUUUGCAUGACAACAUUAUUUUCAUGGCAAUUAAGCACAUUUUGUCUCACAAUUCUCAUUACUAUAAUGUGUCUAGAUGUUUUAUUGUUUGCUGGUCAAACAUAUUCAUCAGGUAUUAAUGGGUGAAUCUCUUCAAAUCAUAUUUCACCUGAAAAUCAUGAAUAUAUAGUAGAAAAUUUUGCAACAUUAGCAUAAAACAAUGUGGGUCAAACAUAAUUAUCAAAUGUUAAUGGGUGAAUAUCACAAUGUCACCCUGUAAAAAGUCAUGUUUCACUAUAUUAUGAAUUUAUUAAAAAAAUAAAGACAUUUUAAUGUCAUUUUGUAGUUUUUGCAUUCCCAUUUUUACAGUAAUAAAAAUGGUGUAAGGAUCACCAAAAAAAAUAAAAUAAAAUAACGUAUAUCCAGAUGCAUUAUGGAAAUGAAAAUUUGGGGAGAAAUGUGCUUAGCUGUCAUGAAAAAUAGUUUUACAAUGCAAAAAUCGUUAGUAAGCUCCUAAAAAAUCACUUGAAAACUAAAAUACCAUAAGAAGAUCAUCUUUAACUAGCAAAAUAACAUUUCAGAAUCUUCUGCCUGGUGGAUAAUACCAAGUAACAACCGUUUUUAUUCCAGUUUCAAUAACUGUAGUAACAAAGCUAUUUUGGAGAAAACUGGUUACCUUGGUGCAUUUUUGAAAGGGCCAAGAAAGAGAGGUUAUACUUUUCCCUUGCCAUAUAAUCUUCCUCUAAUUCACUUUCCUGCACAUUUCCAUUGCUCUCUUCUCUUUAUUCCACUGAUGGUCUGGCUUUGCACUCUUUCUCUUCUCUCAUCCAUCUCUCCGGCACCUUUAUGACUCUGAAAGGGCUCCCGAAAAUGUCAGACGCCUGAGUGUGCACUGCUGUUUUAUACCCCACCUUUAUUCCUCGAGUGGAACACCAAUAAUAAAAAUAUAAGCAUGAUUUAAACCAUAAUAAACAAACACAUCAGUAUCACUUUCUGAUAAUGACGGUUUGAAUUCAAGGAUAACAACGCCUGAAGAACUAUAUUUUAUGUAUGCGACAUUUCACGCUUAGAGUGAGGAAUUGUGGGUAAGUUGGAGUGCAGGCAACAACCCGUUGUCAAGAUUUCCAUAACCCCAUAAACCUGUAAACAGAUUAUAUUUCAUUAUAUUUCAGAUGUAAUAUAUUCCAUGCGAGUGGUUUGUUUGCGCUCAAGCCAAAUCUUGUAAUUUGCACUGUGGAUUUCAUAUAGAAUAAUAUAGAAAAAACACAUUGUUUUAUGGAAAGAGCUGAUCUUUAUUUUCGCCCCUUGCUGCUCUAGAUAUCUCUCUUGUGCUCAGACGUGCUCAAUGAACUUUAGAAGUUCUGAUGAGAUGAUUUUAAGUUGUAAUAGUUCUGGUGUUUAGCAUAUACAGGGCGAGAAUUAAAUCUACUCUUUUAUUAUCUGUGUGAUGAAGCCUUUUAUGCUUAACCAACGGUUUCUCUUGCUCUGUUAAUAUUUUCUUUCCCUCUGUGGAGUAUUUGGGUAAGAUGAAUAAAAAGCUUUAAUUAAUUGAGCUGAAGUUAAUGAUUUCUAGACAAUUGCUCUUAAGUAAAUGGCACAAUUCCUCAUCCAUUUAUAUCCCGUUUUAAAUCCAUGAUGAAUUAACAACCCUUUGGGCCUUUUGCUCUCAGAAAUAACAGGAGAGACCAUAAUGUGGCUAUGGCUGGAUCCUAAUUUGCAUAUUAUCCAUACUAUUUAGUAUGCAAAAUUAGUAUUGGUCUAUCCCAAAUCACUGAACUAGGGGCAAAAAUGUUAAUAAUUAAAGAUGGUCUGUGCUUUCAGCAAACAAAUUAAGUUCUAUCAACACAAAACUAAUACUGUUUGUUUUACUUGUGGCUCCAAGUUCAAUUGCAUUUUAGGUUAAGAUGAGGAAACUAUAACCAAUGUUCCCUCUAUUUAUUUAUUUUUUUUUUUUUUCUUGCUGAGCAAAUCUUUUCUCUAUUGGGUGGACUACUAUAUAUCUCUAUUCUCUAAAUGAUGCACAGGUUAACUGAGAAAACAUUUUUACAGUGCUGUUACCAAGAAAUUCUAUUAAAAGGGUCAUAGAUUAUGAUUUUUGACACUCUUAAAAAUAAAAGUGCUUUUAAAAAGUUCUUCACAGCAAUGCCAUAGAAGAACCAUUUUUGGUUCCGUAAAGAACCAUUCAGUCAAAGGUACUUUAAAGAACCAUCUCUUUCUUACCUUCUUAGAAUCUGAAGAACCUUCUUUCGCCACAAAGAACCUUUUGUGAAACAGAAAGGUUCUUCAGAUGUUAAAGGUUCUUUAUUGAACCGUUUAGACAAAAAAAGUUCUUCUAUGGCAUUGUGAAGCACCUUUAUUUUUAAGUGUGUAAUAAGUGUGUGAAGUGGCUGUUUGAACAUAAACAACAUCUGCAAAGUUCCAACGUUCAAAGUUCAAUGCAAAGGGGAAUUAAAAUUGUCUUUCACAGAAUUCGCUUUUUAAGGUCUACACAGGUAGCAAAGACUAUAGAAAUACUAAGAAGGCGGUUCACUCCUAUACUUAUGAACAGUGUUACUUAAAAUUAUAAUAAAUUAUAGUAACGCCAUAUUUUAUUGUCAGUAAUGGUAACAGCGAUGUAACAAGGGAAACAGUAAUUUGUUUGAUUACUUGCUACUGGAAAAAAUAACGCCAGUAGUAACGCUGUUUAUUUAUAACACCGUUAUUCCCAUCACUGCUUAUGAAUGGGAGAAACUGCAACAUGCAAUAUGGCAGAAUAGUCACAUCUUCUAAAUGAAAGAGCCAGUCGCUGAUUGGUAAAGUCACUGCAGCGGCCAUCAGAAGCUCUGGUUCCCAUAGAAACCUAAGACGACAGUAGUCAAAAUGUUGACUACUGUUGUCUCAGAAUAGUUCAGCUAGAAAAGCCUCUAAAUCCAUCUGAUGUAAUUCUUUAAAAUUAGCAUUUAUUUCUGGCUACUUUGUAUAGGUUUCUAUGUAAGUGCUGGUACUUCUGAUUGGGCUGAGGCUGGAAUUUAGCGAGUUUGAAGUAAAAUUAUUUGAUGGUCAUAUACUAUGUGUCAGGAGCAUUCACUCAGUAUCAUCAUCUCAUUUUUGACCGAGAUGGCUUUUAGCUGGUUUUGCAUCUGAACUCUUCAUUUGAAGUGGAUCCAAACCUUUCAUCAAAGUUGUCCAAAACAAUAUCUGUUCUUGUCUUAGGACAACUUUGAUGAACUGUUAUGAUCCGUUUCAAAUGUUGACUACUGUAGACCAGCCAAUGUACAGCCUGAAAAACAAGCUUUUUAAAAGAUAUUUAAGCAUAAGAAACAACAUUCAUGGUGCUGUUCAUUUCAGAUUUUGUUGAAAUAUAUAAUUUAAUUCCAAAUUCAGCAAACUGAAAGAAGGGUAUUAUCUACCGUAACGAUCAGUUAUUUUCAGAAAAAUAAUACAAUUUAUAUACUUUUUAAUGUCAAACGCUCGUCUUGUCUUAUUCUGCCUGGACUGUUUUUUUCAGGUUCAUGACAGUUAGGGUAUGUUGAAAAACUCC